AUGCUGCAAUCCAGGGCACUGGUGAUAGCUCUGAUUCUGCUCCUUAGCACCACUCUCCCCGAAGUGCAGUCAAAGUCCAUCUUUGAGAAAGACCGUCGUGAGUUGCUGGCCAUUCCUGAGACUAUUGCAUCUUACUUCUAUGAAGCUGUGAACAAGGUGUCCCCUAAAGUCAGCCAGUUCUUGUUGGAUACUGUCCAGAGUCCAACAGUUAUUGCGGCCAGACAGAGAAUCGCCAAAGAAGCAACCAAAGUCAGUAUAAUGUUUGAACAGCUGAUUGAAAAAAUAAAGAACCUGUGGUACACAAGAGUCCUAGGCUAUUAGCCAAAUUAAGACAAGUCAGCGUUUCCUGAUGUGAGCGUGUAACACCUUCCAGCGUCCCCUUUCCCCCGGCCCCCCCCUACGGACCAAGAUCAGUCAAUAACACAGAAUCGAUGCUCCCCUUAGUGCCACUAGAGGGAAUCCACCUUCAAAGACCAAAAGAUGGAAGGCAUCUGCCGAAGGCAUCUGCUGAAGCCUCCCCAGAAAAAAAUCAAGCAGCUGGGCAUGGAGAAGGCAAUAUAGAGAUUCUUCUGUAGCCAAAUCUUGAAAAUUAAUUCGUCCUGAAUGGCUUGGUCAUUGCCCCUCUAAUAAAAAAAAAUGUUGGUUGCUACA